AACAAAAAAUGCAAAGCAAGGAAUAAGUUUACCCUUACGAAAAAUAUUCAAGUAAUAUUAACAAAAUAUGAAUCACUACAAAGAACAUUAAAAAUUCCAGCGCCAUAAUUCUAGAACGUUCAGUAAAGAACACUGCCAUGUAUUAAAACUAAAACUAAAAAGUGUUCAACUGUAGCCACUUAUUAUUCUGUUGGUAAUUAUGUUCCGAUCCAAUGAGAUUUGAGCAGAUUAGGUUCAUAUGGAGGCUGGAUUAACCUCCACCCGUACGAUAAUCCGUGUCAGCAUAUUUCUUUCACACGUAGCAGCACAAUAGAGUUGUUUCUCGGUUCGUUUGGGGAAUAUCUGUUCGCUUUACAGUUUUCUUCUUGAACUUAGGCACCUUGCAGCUCCCCGUCCAGUCUGCCACGACACUGACAGAUUCCUGGGCUGGACCGCCUUUGAUAAGCAUCCUAUGGUAUUUUGUUCAAGAUGGCGGUGGCGAGCAUGGAAAAGGACGCGGUAGUAAGUCACAAAUACCUUCGAGAUCUCAAAUGAACACCGAAGAUGAUCUUCACCUUAAUAACUCGUUUGGAGAUUCUGGGCUCAUCUCGCCUGAUAAAGAAGACAUCUCUCGUAUUCUGACAGUUCCUUUUAGUGGACGGAUCAGAGGUGGGAUGAGGCCUGGGAAGAAAAUUAUUAUAAUGGGCAUCAUUGAUGCGGAGCCAGACAGCUUUGACAUCAGUUUGACCUGUGGCCACAAUGCGGAGAACGAUGAUGAGGAGCUUACUGAUGUGGCCCUUAAACUCAGCGCGCGAUUCACCGAAAGGCAGUUCCUGAGGAAUGCACAGGUUUCUGGGAAAUGGAGUGAGGAAGAGGCACCCAUAGCUUACUUCCCCUUCAUCCCGGACCAGCCUUUUAGGAUUGAGAUCCAUUGUGAGCACCAGCGUUUUAGGAUCUUUGUGGAUGGACACCAGCUGUUUGACUUUUAUCACAAAGUAAAGUCUUUGCCAGCCAUUAAUAUGAUCCGGAUAGUUGGGAGUCUUCAGAUCACCAAGCUGGGCUAACAAGCACACCUGAGCAAGCGCCAGAAAGGACUUCUCACAGGUGACCAUCUGCACCUGUGUGUUUGCCGCAGCUCACACAAAGACAUCAACAACAUCUGCAUUUUCACUUCUCUUUUGCCCUCUAACCUCGCAUUGUAAUGAUUUCUGAGUAUUGUAUCAUAACAGGUUGGUGAAUGGUUGCAAUAUCAGACGUGUGUUUUCCAGUAUCUUUGCUUCACGUUGUAGUUUUUGUUUAGCUUCAGUAAUUUUUCAGGGAUCGCACACUUUGAUAUGCACUCUGUGGUAGUAACAUACGUCGCAGGGAUUUAGCUGCUGUCCUUAGACACUGCCAGUGUACUUGUAGGCUUGUAGUCUAGCAGUGUAGGUUCGAAAUAAUCCAAAACUCAGGAAAUCGGAUAAAGUUGAUUUUUACUACAUUUCACUCUGAUGACAAAUUUGCUUUUAAUUAUUAUGAGUUACACUUAAAUGCUUUGGCUGCUAGAAUGCAGGAGUAUUUGCUAUCCCACCUGGGCUGGAUUUGUUUUUUUUUUUUUUUUUUUUUUUUUGUUUUUUUAAUCUGAAUAAUUAAAAUAUUUUGGAAGAAGGAUGUUUAUCUCCAGAUUGUGUAGCAUAUUGAAAUGGCGUACUUUUUCCUGUUUCUGUUCAUUGCAACUAUUCAUUUUGGGAGAUUGUUAGACUGACGCUUUGUAGAAUGUCACAUAAGGAUUAUUUCAUUUUGAGGUAGAGGAAGUUUUUAUUUUUGGAAAUUUGAUCAUCCAGUCUUUCUCUUUCAAGCCAGCACAGUAUUUAAGUACAACAGUAUCGUGUUAAAUCCUUGGCAACCAAACCAACACAGAUGUGUAAUUUAUAUUUGUUUUUAGUGAGAAAUGACUGCAGUGCAGCGGUUUUGCAAAAAAAUAACUUGCUUAUCUGUUUACGCUUCAUUGUGAGCACCUCGUGAAAGUUGAAGGAGCUGAUAUAACAGGGCUGAAUAGUUUCUUGAAUGUACUGCCAUCCACUGAUAGGCUUUGUAAUAACUUGGCUGUGGGUAUAAAAUGAAAACACAAAAAAACAACAAUUAAUUCCUCUUAAUAUUAACACAUGGUCAGCAUGUUUCUGUAUUCAACAGUGAUUUUGCUGAGAUCCUCUGCCCGGUAAACGCACAAUGCUGUCCACUCGGUUGUCUUCUGCUCAACUUCCAGUUGUAGGUUUGGAUUAGUAAAACAGCACAGCAGUUAUUAAAAUUAUUGCUACUAAAAUGCGUCUUGAUUUGCAUUAAUUUGCAGGGCAUGCAUACAUAUACUACCAUUCAAAAGUUUGGGGUUGGUAAGAAUGCUUUUGAGUCUUUUAUGCUCAACCGGUAAACGGUUAACGGUAAAUCAAUUUAAAAAUAUGUUUUCCAUUUUAUUUUAAAGUGUAGUUUAUACCUGUGAUCUACGGUCUUUAGUGUCACAUGAUUCUUCAGAAAUCAUUCUGAUCCUGCUGAUUUAAUGCUCAAGAAACAUGUAUUUUUAUUGGUGCUGAGAACAGCUAUACUGCUUUUUUUUUUUUUUUUUGUAUAAAUUUAAGUUGUACUAAUUUCUUUAAAAUAAAACAAAAACACCCUAAAUUUUGAAUGCUGGUGUAUGUAGUACUGAAUCAACUGUUCUUUAGUGAAAAGUCAGCUUCUCAUUAGUCAGUAUUACUGUAUAUUCAGUAUUAUGGUCACUAUUGUAAUAUUUUCUAAUACUUACAGUAAGUCUGUGUCAUGAAACGCAUAGAAACGGAGGCAGUGAAGGUUAAUGAAGUUAAAGGACCGCUGUUUUGUCUGCUUUACUGGUGGAUCAACUUGACUGAAUUUCAUGCGAUGAAAUAAUGCAUUUAUAUGCCAGAGAGUACUUGGCACCAGCCAAAAACAUUUUGCCCACGUCAGCGUCUGGUCAACAUUUUAAAGUCAAAAUAUUUAUUGAGUGCAAUAUGAAAGAUCCUUAAUCUGUUGAGAAGGUACUCCUGUUCGGAAAAACUCAAAUAAAUUAUCGUAGAUUUAUUGUGAAGUAGGUCAUUUUUAUACUUGGCUGAUUUUCUCUGCAGUUGUUUGAGCCUCAAACUCGUGCAGAGAUCGUUGAAUCGAGAAUCGCUACGGCAGCACAAGCAAUAUGGUCCUUGACCACAUACCCAUCUGACAUGUUGUGGCAAACGCACUUUGAUAACAUGCUUAGCAAAUGAAACCUGGUCAACUGGACCAAUAUGAUACACUUAACAGUAUUGCUAUUUAACUGCUAAAUCUGUUGUGAGUCGUGAGCUAUUUUCUGUGUGGUGAUGUUUGAACGUUUCAGUGUUGACCAUUCUUUUAGUCUCUGAAUAAUGUGUGUGAAAUUACACCUGGGUAACUGAAAAAUGGGGAGGGAGAAUGUGUAUUUACAGAAAUAACAGGUGAGAAAUAACACGUAAAGGGAGAAUGUCAAAAGUGCUGACUGUGCUUUAAUAAACCUUGGUAUACUGAUAGAUUUUUGUUAAUGUAUUUGGCAAACGCUGUUAUCCAAAGUGACUUACACUUCGUUGAAGUUUAGCAAACCUGCAUUUCUCCCUAUGAUCCUAUUAAUAUUUCCAAUUACUACUUCCAUCUUUAUUGCCCUUUCUUGUAUCUCAAAAGUAACAAUCUUUCAAACUGUUUCCCCAUUUUAUGAGGGUUGAAAAUGAAUGUCCUGGCUAUAAACCAUUGUUCUGAAGCCUUCGAACUUUGGAUGUACAUAUACUGAACGGGGCCUCUGUUUUUUUUGUUUGGUUUUUUUGCUACUGCAAUAAUGUCUUCAGACUAAAGACAGUGUUUGUAUGGUGAAUGUUUGUUUCGUCUGAGUUCUCACUGGUUUUCAGUUUAUUUUUUUUAGACCCUAGGUAGCAAGUUACUUUUUAUUUUUUUUUUUCUGCUUUUAGACUGUUGCUUUUAGAGUGUUGUAUGUCAGUUCUUUUAUUUAAAGACUGCUUCAAAUGUAUUUAUGUAUUACUAAAGUGGCCCAUUACUUAGUUUGUGAUGUUGGAUGUAGUUGCACAAUCAUUUUCAUGAAUUAAAACCUUCAGUGUGCUUUGAAAACUCGGUAUUUAUAAGAAAUGUGCCUAUUGAAAUAUGGCGUUGGUGUUUGGGAUCUAAAAUUGUAUUCUUACUAAUGAUAUACACCAACAGACUUCAAUUUUGAGUUGCACUUUUCAAAGUACCUUUUUUUUUUUUUUUUUGUAAUGCGUGGUUGAAGCAAGUGCUGCUAUUGAAACUAAUCAAUAAAACAAACAAUAAAUUCAUAAUUUGACAAGGUAUGAAAUGUUUGUCAUUCAGAAUCCCCUGUAACAUGCUUCAACGUGUGUGGUACAACUAAAGAGUAGCAUUUGGUUUAAAAUAAAAGUAUGUGUGAAUAAAAAUGUGCAUUACAAAUACCUGAAAGUACAAUUGUGGUGAUUUAAUUCUGUUUUGUCAGCUGGAUUUACAUGACCAAGUCAAUAUGUGAAUGCAUUGUGCUUUGUUUUUAAAGGCAAGAUUUGUUUAUUUAGUGAAUUUUGUAACCUCCAUGAAUUUUGGUGCUUUUCUAAUGGAUUUGCAGACUAAUAAAUCAGUCCUUAAACACU